AUGGCAAAGGACUGUUUAAUGAAGCAAUACACCGACCUUCGGGAGGAGUAUGAUCGACGUGAGAAAGUCAUCUGCAAGCAGAAGGAUAAGUUGGCCUCUCUGGAUAAGGAGAAAACUCUGUCAGAGAGCAGGAUUCGGGAGAGGUCAGCAGUCCCCGGUGGCGUCCUGCAGCACCAAGGGAAGCACAGACGCGACUUGAAGCACAUCAACGACUUAGAGCACAAACUCCACCUGGAAAAUAUUAAAUUUAAUAAGGUUAUGUGCAGGAACACAGAGUACCGUAAAGCAAUUGAACUCCUGCUACAGAUGAAAGGCUCACUGUGCAAAAGUGAGGAGAAAUCCAACAGACAGUUGGCCCAACAGAAAAUCCUCUCAGAGAAACUGGGGGAGGAGCUCGCCUACCUUUUCGAACGGAGGAUUCAGGUCGAGACCCGCGUCCUGGAGCUGGAGGAGGACAUCAAGGAGGAGACGGCUCAGUUCACGAAGAGAAGGUCAGCGCUGAAGACGCUCAUCGCCCGCAAUGGCCAACUGCAGAAUUUCAUGAAGACAAAACUUCGAGAAUUUCCUCCUUUGGAAAAAGAUGAAGACUCAAAGAAGAAAAAGAAAAAAACAAAUGUGAGUGGCGACGAGAACCUGGAGAUGUACAGGCAGGGGUACAGCACGCUGGUGGAGGUCACCGGGGAGACGGACCUGUGUCAGAUGGGCCUCGCCAUCGCCCAGAAGGAGCAGAAAAAAUGUCCUCUCACCAAGUACAUCAAUGAGCUGCAUAACAGGAAGCACACGCUGAGGAACAGAACCGAGCAGCUGAAGAGUGAUAUCCUGUCCUUGGAAGAAGAGAACAGAAGACACGAUGAUCAAAUUAAGAGCGAUCUGAAGCGUCUGCAGCCUGAGCUGGAGGAGUACGGUGGUCAGUCAGAGGCCCUGGAGAAGCAGCGCGCCGUGGUUCAGAGGACUCUGGACCAGCUGGAAGCCGCCAUCAGCGGCCUUUUAGGCGACGUAAUGCAAGAAGAUGUCGUCGUCAACCCCGACGACAUUGUACACUACAUCGGUGUCCUUGAGGAGAGAAUUGUUCACCUGCUGCUCCAGGCCAACGCCAGCGAGGAGAAGAUGAGGCUGUUUCCUCAGAACAUGCUUUUGGCCAACUUUGACUUGCUACCAGAAGAGGAGGUAGUCAUGGAAACGGCACGCAGCAGGUCUGCUUCACGUUCGCCCAAGGAAACCCGAUAAGACAGAAGAUGGAGUCGUCCCACCCCCCCCACAG